UGUAUUUUUUAAGUAGAUCUUUCAUCAUCUCUCUCUCUCUCUCUCUCUGGUAUACACUGUUCAAACCUGACAGUGAGGAAAAGAGAGAGAAGGAGCACCUUACCACGGCAAUGCUCCUUGUUAAAUAUCUAACCAGAGGAAUUUUCUCUUCCUUGCUCACUGCUACAGGUUUCACAGAGAGUUUCAUCUUCGUCUUCCACCUUCGGCAGUGAAGCAUUGAUGAUCUGCACCUCACAGAGCCAUUACAUGAAGAUUCCCCGUCUGGGUCAUGAAAAUGGCAACUCCAGAAAAAACCCAUUUUGUUGUUGUUGAUGAUCUUGAUAAAGAAGAAGAAGAAGAAGGAGAGGAAGAACAUAGCCGUAGGACUGGUGGUGGUAGUUGCCGGAGCUCUGGCGUCGGAACAGACUGCAGGGUAGGUCGUGGUGAGGAAGAGGAGGAAGAAGAUGAGCGGAGAACUGAGAUUGUGAAGGAGAGGACAUCGUCAUCAUCUUCUGUCUCGGAUUGUUCAGUAGAGGUGGAUCUGGAAUGUGGGGUGACUGAGGUUAAGGUACAUUUGGCAAAAGUUGAGAGGGAUUGCAGGAUUUGUCAGCUGAGCAUGGAUGCAUCUAAUCAAGAAUCUGGUGUGCCUAUUGAGCUGGGUUGUUCAUGCAAAGAUGAUCUUGCUGCUGCUCACAAGCAAUGUGCUGAGGCUUGGUUCAAAAUUAAGGGAAACAGAACCUGCGAAAUAUGUGGAUCAACUGCUCGAAAUGUUUCUGGUGCCAACGAGGCUGAACUGAUUGAGCUGUGGAGUGAUUCUAAUGACGCGACAGCAGCAGCACCUGCCCCGGGACAUCAAGCAGAUAAUCGAAGUUUCUGGCAGGGCCACAGAUUCCUGAAUUUCAUGCUUGCUUGCAUGGUGUUUGCAUUUGUAAUUUCUUGGCUUUUCCACUUCAAUGUGCCCUCAUGAGAUUUCUACAGAAAAGAAAAAAUGGUAAUUCUCUUCUUAGCUUUUUGGAGCAGGUACCUCUCUGCAGUAUCUCACCUCUUCAGACGUCCUUACAGUUUGCUAUAUCCCUCUGAUCUACCUAUUGUUCAUAUUAAUAUCAAAGUCUCGAACAAAUGCAUUAUAAAGUUAAAAGUUACGAGAUAUUCACUUUCGUUUGAAUCUGAACUAGUUUCCUGUAUGGUUGCUGCAACUCUAUUCACUUGGCAGCGUAUAUAGCGACUCCAUUUCGUUUGAACGAAUGCAUUUGUGUUUUAUGUACUUGUUGCUAAGAAAGACUAUAUAGCCAUACAGAAAUCUGGUAUGGAUCACA